GAUUUUUGUUUAAUCUUUCUCGGGCCGCGGAAGAGGAAAGAACAGAAUUCUGAAUUCAGAAAAAUUCCGUUAACAUCCCACAAAAUUUCAACGAGCGGUUGUUUCACAUCGAAAAACAAAUUUAAAACGUAGCAAUGUACCAUUAAACAACGAACCGCAUUCGCGAGCGGGAGGCCACAACUUUGAAAUAUCCAUGACUGUAUAUAUUUAGCCAAACGAUUUGUUUACGUACCGUGUCGCGUGUGAACUGUGUACGUGUGUCUGACCCAAAACCAAAGCGAAACAGAAUUCCCCAACACCCAACACAAAAAGCAAAAUGAUUAGCACAACGGAUUACCCUCUAGCAGACACAGCUACCGCGGCAGCAACAAGCGAGGAGCUGUACGCGGAUUUCAUCUCAGCCCCGGCGAGCAGCAUGAGUCCCGAGGCCAUUGCUGAGCACAUGCAGCAGAACCAGAUCACUUUCGAGAUACCCAGCGCCCACGAUCUGCGGCACAUCGACUCCCUCAACUCGUUUAACGCCUUGCUUCAGCGGAUCGGCAAUGCCGCCGUCUCGCAUGACGCCGCACCACCCUCCGGGUGGGCGCAUGAAGGCAGCAUCAGCACCGAGCAGCUCUCCAAGUCGGUGGUGCUGGACUUGGCCGACCUUCGGGACCGGGCCGAGGAUAGCGGCGAACCGGCGGGUUGGUGGGGCCAGGUCUUCGGAGACGGCGAUAUGCAUGUGAUAAUCAACUAUCUGUGGAUCGGCGUGGUCAGUUCACUGGUGGUCCUAUCCCUGGUCUUCAUCCUAUUCAGUUGUUACUUCUACCGAAAAUUUCGCACAUGGAAGAAAUGCAAUAAGGAUAUACGUGCACAGAUUCAUUCCGCCAACGAUUCCUAUUCCUCGCACGGAGCAGGGCCUCACCUGGUCAGCUGUGAUGCCAGCCACCUGCUCCUCCACCAGUCGCAACGGCCAUCAGCUGCGAACAGCAAUGAAGCGGCGUUCUACCAAAUCGAAUCCCCACCUUGCUAUACAAUUGCCACCGGGCUGCCCAGCUACGAUGAGGCUCUGCAUCACCAGCCUCGUCACUUUGCCUACGGCAUGAAGUUUGUGUACCCUAGUCUGGCAGCUGUGCAUCAUCAUCACCAUCAACCACGCACCGCCUGCACACCAUUUUGUGAGAAGGACGAACUGCAGCAGCAGCAACUGAAUAAGCUGCAAAAGUGCAAACUGUCAGCAGCAGCCGCGGAGGAGGACAAAGCCUGCAUCUCCAUCUCCGCCUCCGAACCGGCCACAGCCAUGCCUGCUAUUUGCAUUAACAUGCCGGAUGAGCUGGUCCGUGAGGAGCAAGCUGAGCCGGAGCAGAGGGAUCUGGUUGUGGUGCCGGCACAAAGUUUACUGCCGGCGGCUGCUGCUGACGAUGAUUGCGCCACAUUGGUUGUUGUUGUUGUCGCGUGAUUGCCCAGACAGUAGGCAGAGGAAGGGGAAGAGCGUGGACUGGGACCGUGGAAGGAUCAGGGAUAGCAGCCAAUUGCUUAGUCAGUUGUAAAUAGUUGCGUCGUCUGCUGCUAAUGUUGUUUCCAAAUUAGAGA